AUGCCUGCGGAGAUACCAGGCUACUAUUACGACGCCUCGACGAACCGGUACUUCAAGAUCCAGGCCAACCACAUCGCCCCUGCGGGUGCUAACUACAGUCGACAAGCAGUCAACGCGCAACGGGCUAUCAAGGAGACAAAACAACGCGAGGAGGUGUCAAGACAGACGAAGCUGGCCGCCACUGUCUCGCGCUCUUCGAUCCCACAGCACCCUCUGUUCUCGUUUGAGCGACGCUUGGGCAACCUCCGCAUUCGCCCCGGUUCGCUUGUCGCAGAGUACUAUGCCGCGGGCCUCACGGGCCAUGGAGCAAUCUGCAGCCAUCAACGUGGCAAGAAGGGCCCUACGACCGUAGAAUGGGGUCCUAAGUUCGGACAGAAAUUCGCCAUCGGCUCAUCGGGCGAACUGGUUACGUCGGUCGAGUAUUCGCACAAGGUGUACGGACGCAGACGGGAACAUGUUGUCGAGUCCGGAUCUGGCGUCGUCGCGCUGCCUCGUUCGUCUUGUCCGCCUCUGGCACAACGUCGUCACCAGCGCGACGAGAUCCUCCUCGGUCAAGACGCGCACGACUACGAUUCCUCCUGGCCGGACGUCGACACCGGGCAGGCCAAUGACCCAAGCGGUCUCAGCGGGUACUUGUACAACUACAACAACCAUCAACUCAUCUACAAUCCCGCGCCCGCCGCGGACUGCAUCAUACCCGCCGGCGCUGGUGCUGUACUGUGGUCCCAUCGCACGCCCGGCAGCGAGAACUCGAGCCUCACAAGGACCCCGUACGUCUUCGACCACCACCGAGUGCAACAAUCCCUCGAAUCCACCCGUGAUCAUCACUGGCACCAAUCUGAGCUCGAUGUCCCCAUCCUCGCCUCGGUCACGUACAGCCUACCGUACCGGAUUCUCGACAUGGCGGUCUCUGAAUCCGGAACAACGGCCGCGUUGGCCACGAGUGAGGGCGUCUCGCUCUUCCGCGAUCAAGACUACCACCAGGGACCAAUUCACAAGACGCACAUACCGGACGAACAAAUGUCCGUGGCGUUCAAGGACGAGAACACCAUCAUGAGCGGGACCAGGUCGGGACAGGUGAGGAUGUGCGAUGUCCGUAUGAGAAGUACCACGACCUGGCCCCUGGGCACCGACUCCGAGUCAACAACGUCAUCGUCCGCCGCGGUCGCCUUGCGUAUCCAGCAUUCGAGCGCCGUAAGCGGUCUUGCCGUCCUACCGUCGGGCGGUGGCCAUCGCGUGCUCGUCAACGGGCUACAGGACAUGAAGAUAUACGAUCUCCGGUACGCGCCACGUCCGUCUCUGUUGUCGUCCACUUCUUCUUCUUCUUCUUCUUCUACAACGACACAAUUAUACGGUUCUCAAAGUUCAAUGCAAAAGCGAAAGCAUAGGCCGACCUCAAAGGUGACACUCUCGAAAUCCAAACAUCGUCAUCAUCAUCAUCAUCAUCACCACCACCACCACCACCACCAACAACAACAACAACAACACCAGCCAAAAGCACAUCCAGCUCCUCCUCCUCCUACUCCAAGUACUCGCUCGGACACCACGACGUCGACGACGACGAGGACGACAACGCCGCCGUCGCUGACGUUCAACGUGGACCCGCUGCGUAGACAGAACCGAUACGGCCUCGGGUUCGCGUACGACCCGGAGCUGAACGUCGUGCUGCGCGCGUCCACAGACAACGUGCGCACCCACCGCGUCGCCAUCUGGUCCGCGACCACGGGGCAACUGCUCCGGAGCCCGCUGAACGACCACCACUUCCCGGCACCCGUCACGUGCAUAGACGUCAAGAGGCUCAGGGAUGGGCCGAAGAGUAUCCUCCUCGCGACCGACGGCCGUAUCAUCGAGUGGACCGCCCAGGGCAGGAAAUUCGAGCCUGGUUGGGAUUGA